AUGAAAUCAGACGUAUCUACGCUGGAAGGAGAUUUCCCAGGUGAGUAUUCUUAUUACUUUGGUUUGCUUCAAGAGACACUUGGUCAGAUGAAUGAUUUACCAUUACCAACCCAACAAGUACUUGAUCAUGAAGAAGAAGAGAAACAUGAAGUCAAGACCAAAGGGUUGAAGGAGAUUCUCACGUCUUUGCUUUUGAUUGAAGAGCAAGAGAAAUCGGAAAAGUUCGAGUGGGAUAAAGCUCAAGAAGAAGAUAAGAUGAUGUUAGAAGCUAACCAUAAGAAGAAAACCAAAGCCAUGUUGGAUUACCGGAGCGAAUGUCAGGAAUAUUCCGAUGUUAUCGAUGACUCCACCCGCGUUCGAAAACGAAAGUCUAGAGUUGCUACAAAUGCAGCGGUUGCUUCUGCUGUAGUCGUAGCUGAUCUACAAAAUAAUAAUCAGAAAACUAAUCCUACCGCCGGCGCCGCCGUCGCCCCCGCCGGACCACAAAGAAGGUUAUGGGUGAAGAACAGAUCGAAAGAUUGGUGGGAUAAAUGCAACAGUCCAGAUUUCCCAGAAGAAGAAUUCCGAAAAGCUUUUCGUAUGGGGAAAGAUACAUUCGAGCUUAUAUGCAAUGAGCUUACAUCAGUAGUCGCAAAAGAAAACACCAUGUUACGCGACGCAGUUCCCGUCCGGCAAAGAGUCGCCGUCUGUAUAUGGAGGCUAGCCACCGGGGAGCCUUUACGUCUUGUUUCCCGGCGAUUCGGAUUAGGCAUCUCCACCUGUCACAAACUCGUCCUCGAGGUAUGUUCCGCCAUUAAAACCGUCUUAAUGCCUAAAUACCUUCAAUGGCCGGACGACGAGUCCAUACGAACAAUCAAAAACGAAUUCUCCUCCAUGUCCGGCAUCCCAAACGUCGUCGGAUCAAUGUACACCACCCACAUCCCGAUCAUCGCUCCCAAAAUCAGCGUCGCCGCCUACUUCAACAAACGACACACAGAACGAAACCAAAAAACUUCUUAUUCAAUCACUGUUCAAGGAGUUGUCGACCCACGAGGGAUCUUCACCGACGUCUGCAUCGGGUGGCCGGGUUCCAUGCCGGACGACCAAGUGCUCGAGAAAUCCGCCCUCCACCAAAGAGCAAACGGCGGACUUCUGAAAGACGUAUGGAUCGUCGGAAGCUGUGGGUAUCCAUUAAUGGACUGGGUACUCGUACCCUACACGCAACCCCAUCUGACAUGGACACAACAUGCUUUCAACGAAAAGAUCGGCGAGAUUCAAAGGGUGGCGAAGGAUGCAUUUGGGAGGUUGAAAGGGCGGUGGUCCUGUUUGCAGAAACGAACGGAGGUGAAGCUUCAGGAUUUGCCGGUGGUGUUGGGGGCGUGUUGCGUGUUGCAUAAUAUAUGUGAAAUGAGGAAUGAAGAAGUGGAUCCUGAGUUGAUGCUUGAGCUUCAUGAUGAUGAAAUGGUGCCUGAAAUUGGGUUGAGAUCUUCGAUUGCAAUGAAAGCUCGUGAUUCGAUUGCUCAUAAUCUUUUGCAUCAUAAUCAUGCUGGUACUUCUUUUUUGUCUUGA